AUGGAUACGGUUGACCAGUGCCAACAUUUGAAAUAUUUAAUUACAAAACAUAGUUUCUUAUGGUCGUGGUGGUAUGUGGCACCUGUGAUAAGUAUUUAUCUGGUAUUUGUAUUAACAGUUGGACCAAGUUUAAUGAAAAAUCGCCCUGCUUUUCAAGUGAAAACUUUAUUAGUUAUAUACAAUAUUACGCAUAUUGUAUUAUGCGCGUACGUGAUGAAAAGGAUGCGAGCUUUCUGCCAAGGGGACCUUUUCAAUUUUGCAAAUUGUCGUGUUCAUCACGACAUGUCGGAGAAAUCAUUGGAUUAUUACGAAAUUAGUACAUACGUGUCGAUGUUGAAAAAUUUAGAACUCUUUGAUACGGUGCUGUUCGUGCUGAGGAAAAAACAAAAUCAAGUCACACCUUUGCAUGUCUUCCAUCAUUCGUCAGUUCUCGUUCUAAUUCUAUUGUAUUUUCGUUACUAUCGUGCUGAAGGGACGUUCUUUCCUGUUUACAUGAAUUGUUUCAUUCAUAUUCUUAUGUAUUCAUACUACACGAUGGCUGCCGUACUGGAUCCUCAGUUCAUGCGACGUUUUAUAUUUUUGAAGAAAUCGCUCACCAUUAUACAAAUGAUACAAUUCGUUUUGAUUUUAAUAUGGUUAGGAUUUCAAUACACCGCCUGCAAUGUGCCGAGCAUUCACAUGACUUACUUCUCAGUGACCACAGUCGCUAUGUUAUAUGGCUUUUAUGACUUUUAUCAAAAGUCGUAUAAGACUGCCAGUGAGCUCUUGGGCUUGGGCGGCGAAUACGAGGCUAUAUUUUUCUUCUUGGGGGCUAAAAAUGCGCGCCUUAGUGAUCGCGUAGAAAAGUUAGAGAAACGCGGUGGCCGUUCUACAUCUGCCGCUUGCUAG